CUGGCAAAGCAUUUUUUUACCCCAUGGAAAGCACUUUUAAGACUGUCAAACUUGGAGAGAGUAUUCAUUUCAGCAAUUUGGAUGUAAUUCACAACUUUACUCUUUUAUCAAUCUACUUUAGGUUAACCUAUAGAUAAGGAUAUCUGGUUUUAUGACAAUCAGAGAAGAAUUUUGAAUCUGCUAAAACGUCACAAAGAAAGUAUUCUCCAUAGUCAACGCAUGAGCAGAUCUUCACCAGCUCAGUGAAAGCCAGAUACAUUGUUCCGUGCAACAAUGAAGACUUUGCAGACUACUUUUUUUUGGUUUGUGUUUGUACCGUUGGUAAAUACAGCACCACCUAUACAGCAAGAUUCACUCCAGUUUUAUGAGUAUGAUACAGAUGAUAUCAUGGGAAGCCUGAUCCAACAGGAUUAUGAAAUGCAAUCCAAGGACAUAAGAAAGGAUGGAACAAAUGUUUCUCUUGACAUUUCCCUAAGACUGCAAGGGGAUGACAGCGAACGCAAUGAUGCACCACCAACAAAGGAUACAAAUUUACCUACUUGUCUGCUCUGUGUGUGUUUAAGCGGAUCAGUGUACUGUGAGGAAAUAGACAUUGAAGCCGUACCCCCACUGCCGAAGGAAACAGCGUACCUUUAUGCACGAUUUAACAAAAUAAAAAGGAUAGCAGUCUCAGAUUUUGCUGACAUUACUACCUUGAGAAGAAUUGAUUUUAGUGGAAAUAGGAUAGAAGAAAUAGAAGACGGAGCCUUUUCAAAGCUUCUGUUAUUGGAAGAACUUUCUCUUGCUGAAAAUCGACUUCUAAAACUUCCUGUUCUACCUCCCAAACUAACAACAUUUAAUGCAAAUCAAAACAGAAUCAAGAGCAGAGGAAUCAAAGCAAAUGCUUUCAAGAAGCUGACAAAUUUGGCCUACCUCUACUUAGGACACAACGCACUGGAAUCUGUUCCCCUUAACUUACCAGAAAGUCUGCGUAUUCUUCACCUUCAGUACAACAAUAUUACUACAAUCACCGACGACACAUUCUGCAAAUCCAAUAACACACGUUACAUCCGCACACGUAUGGAUGAGAUAAGGAUGGAAGGCAAUCCGAUCCUCCUGGCAAAGCAUGUUAAUGCUUUUUCCUGCUUGAGAACACUGCCUGUAGGAACAUACUACUAGCCACUACCUGCAUAAUUAUACAUGUCAAAACCUUAACAUGGUAACAGAAGAUCAUUCUUUUUCCCCUGUUUACACGUUUAUAUCCUCUCCCUUACUAAUGCUAUUCUCCCUGCAUACCCAGAACCUUUUACUAUGUUGAAAUGUGGUUCUCCUUUGAGAUAACCAUUUCAAAACAGCCACUUUAUUUCAGUAGUUACAAUGUCACCCAUGCUUUCAGAAUCUUUUCUCUUAAUGGAAGUGUAAAAAUAAAUAUAUGCACACACAUAUCUCCUCAGCUUUUAUUUGACCCCGUGUUCUUUACAUGCAGGUAAAAUCACACAAGCAGCUGCUUGUUCACAUUCUUUCGCAAUAGUACUCAGAUCAAUCACUACAUUUUACUUUCAAAUAAAUGCAAAACAUUCUUUGAGCAAGCUACAGAGGAAAAAUAUAUCUAAAUUUCAAUCUGAAACUUUGUCAGUUGCCCUUCAAAAAUGUACUGGAUGAAGUUGCAUACAAAAGGAAGUUAUGUUUAGAAACAGAACUUCUCAAAUCUUAACUUCAUUAAAUCUUCCUUAAAAGCUUGGUUUGUGGAAAAUGAGAAUAAUUCCUAUUUAGUCUUAGUGUACCAAGCAACAUAGCAAGAGGAACUUGUCAAAGAUUUAACAAAUCUCCUAGUACUCUGCUUUCAAAAUAACCUAAGAGAGUGUGUGUAUAUAUUUUAUACAUGUAUUUUAUUUUUUACACAAGGUAUUUUCAAUUGAAAUACAUAAAUUUUGCUCAGCUGUACACACAGGAGUCAUUAUUGCAACACCAGCUUCCCAUUUUAAUAAACAGCCAAAGUACAGCAUAGUAUGACACUGAGUAUCUUCGAUAUUAACAGACAAUGUAAACCAAGCCUUGCUCCUCUCCUUUGAGGAAAUGUGAAAAUAUAAUUAACAGGAAAGCUGAAUUAAUGUUUUUACCUGUAAAUAAGUAAGAUUUCAUCUAAAUGUCAGUGCAAAGAAACAGAAGUACUCUUGUACAACUUCCACUCAUUAGGGAAAAAAAUCAAAGCAGAUCGUAAAAUUGAGAAGUCGAUUCUGUUAUUAAUCUAAAAAUAGCAUUAACUUCAAGAAAAUUAAACUAGCAUAAUUUUAUUCAACUACUUUAAACCAUGAAGCAUAUUAAAAACACAAAAUUAUGUGUGCAGGCCUCACCAGUCAGAUUACCUAAAACUAGACAUAAUUGAUACAGGACACAAUGUUUUUAAUUAUACAACUAUACAUUUUUGACAUUUCAUUUUCCGUUUCUUCCCUCAAAUACCUACCGCAGGAAUAAACUCUUCAGCUAAAUGAAUGUCAGAAGUGUGCUAGUUACUAUUACCAGAUCAACUUUGUAUUAAUUUUGAAGCUAGUAUAGAUUCCUAAUUUGUAGAAAUAGUUGAGUGUCAAAUGCAUGAUGAUGUAUCACUACAUCUAGAAUACUGAUUGUUACAUGAUAUUUUGUAAUAGUUUUGUUUAUCUUAUUUAGCUAAGCCUCGAUUUGUUACUGCUUGUGCUAUGGGGAAUUAAGUGCACACUUAACUCUGAAUGUACUGAUGCUCUGCCAUUAAGAGUGUUGAGACCUAAGUGACUUUCAGUCACAUUUAAGUAACUAUGCCAAGCAUCAAUUGUGGGCUCAUCUUUCUGGAAAGAGGAUGCAAUUAUGAAAUGCAGGACAAAAAUAUUUUUGGCCAUAACGCAUUACCCAAGAAAGACACAGCAAUCCCCAAUAUUUGCCAUUUUAAGUUAUUUAGUAUAACAAGAAAGACAUUCCACUGUCUUAAUACAACUGAGAGCAAAACCAAGUCUGAAAGUUAGAAUAAUACUUGGUUUUCAUUUUCCCAUGUAAAGCAUAAAACUUGGAUGUUUCCGGGUUUUUAGCAAGAGAUGAAAAAUAACCCCAAAGCACAUAAAAGUAUGUGCCAACUUCAAGCCAAAUGUAUAAUAGGAAAAAAUAAAAGCCACCAAUUCUCUCAUCCCUCUUUUAAUAAAUGCCUGAGAUGGAGAAAAUGCAACUAGAAGUGUAAGUGUAAUAAUGUUAUGCACACAGUGGUUCCUGAUCUUAUUCUCAUCGCAAACCAUUAUUACUAAAACUCUUCCCAGUAUUAAUAGGAUCAGUAUCACCCAAACUCUACUUGUGAAAAAAAUUAAAAUGUGCAUACAUAUACAUGUAGCAUAUACACAUGUAAACAUUCUAUGACCUAACCACUACCACAUUAUUAAUUUUGCAUUAGUGUUGUAUAUAUUUUUGAAAAAGUACUAAAUAUCUACAGUUACACUAAUUAACACUCUUAAGAUUUUGUGAGCAAAUCAAAGUAGACAACUGGUACCUUCUGAAAGCCUCAUGCAGGCAAUAAGUUAUCUGAUAUGUUUUAAUUUACGUUCCCCAUUCAUAGCAAGUUAACUCAUCAAUACAUUAAGUGAGAAGGGCUUCAGUAUGCAGGAUUUUUUUGCCUUCUAUUUGUGUGACCAGUACUAAUAUCAAGCUGAAUGUACACUAUUCUAUUUUUCCCUAUUACUCACUUCUGUUCUGUAUUUCCAAUAAAACUUGAAUAUUUUUUUCUUG